AUGUCAUCUUGCAAAAUAGGAGACGACGGGGCUGUUUACGUUGCACAAUAUUUACUUAUCAAUGUGACAUUAGCCGAUCUUGAUAUCAGCUUUAAUAAAUUUGACGAUAUGGGUUUGCAAAAGAUAUUCUCUGCCCUAUGUGAAAACACAAAUCUCAAGAUACUAAACAUCCGAUGGAACAAAUUUAACGUUUCUGGUGUCAACAGUCUUGUUCAGAUGCUUAAAGUGAACUAUACAUUAACAGUACUCGACCUUAGAGGCUGUGGUUACAUGCAGUCUUAUGGUUAUACCACUCGUUCACCAUGGAACGAUAUAUUUCGAAUUAAAGAGGCGUUUAAUGAAAGAAAAGUGCCUGAUAGCAUCUGCUACGCUGGGAAAUCUGUCAGGCCUCUACCUGAAGCAUCGUCUCAAGCAACUUCGCAAAAAUAUACACGGGAUCAUUCUGCUUCGGAUGAUCAGCUUUGUGAAAGAAAAACAAUACGUACUUCAUUGUGUUCAAGAUACACACGAUCUAGAUCACCGUCCUCAAGCAAUGAUCGAUCACGAUCGCGAACAGAAACAGACCGAAGAUCUUCUCCACGAUACAGUCGGUCAAGAACCCCACCACCUAAAACUCCAGAGCAAAUUCCGACUUCUAGAGCAUGCGUCAUGCAAUAA